AUUUAGCGCGUUAGACCAGGCACAAAAAACACAAUCUAAAUAGGCUCUAGAAUUUCAUACUUUUUCAACACGCAAAUAAUAAAAUAGUUGGAUCCAAGCCACAGUAAAAUGUGACAUUGAAAACUCGACAUAGUACGUGGUGUCUGCUUGCACAAUUAACGUAAGUUCUCAUCAUGAAAACUGAAUCGACUAGUAAUCAAACCGUAUUUACUCCUAUUUCGCUUCAGAAAGAUCAAGAUGACAAACAAAGAUUUGAAAUGCAAGAAGAAAAGCCUUCCUUAUUUCUCUCAAAACGAUUUUUAAUAACCAUAUUAUUUUCUCUAUCGAAUGUGAACAUAAUCUUCAUGAGAUAUAACAUCAAUGUUGCUGUUAUCGAAAUGACAUCCUCAAAAACAAAUCUCGUUGAUGGGAAUAAUGUGACACAGUCGGCGGAAUUUCUAUGGGAUACUAAAACAACUGGCUUAGUUUUGAGCAUCCUUUACUAUGGUAAUUUACUAUCGUUCUUGAGCGGAUUCGUCAUACCUAAAGUCGGAGGAUCGACGACUGUGGCAAUAUCGAUGUUGAUUGCUGGUAUCAUAACAUUUCUUCAACCAAUCGCAUUGCGCUUAAAUUUCUAUGCGUUUUUAUUCUGUCGUUUCACGAUUGGAAUUUUAGAUGGCUUUGCCUGCGCCGGUCUUACUGAGGUGUGUUCUUAUUGGAUGCCGAAAAGUGAGAGAAGAACUCUGAUGUCGAUCUCCUUUAAUGGUUGUUACAUUGGAAUAGCAGUAGUAUAUCCAAUUUGCGGACUUCUGAUAUCGGUAUGUGGAUGGCCCAUGGUGUUCUACGUUACAGGUCUCACAAGCUUGCUGUUUUCAUUGCUUUGCCUCAUUCUGAUCCGAAAUCAUCCAUCAGAAGAUAAAUGGAUUUCCAGAAAGGAACUAUCAUUCAUCCUACAAGACAUUAACACAACAAGUACAAAAACGGUCACGACUUAUCCUUACAAGCGAAUAUUUACAUCUGCCCCAAUUUGGAUGCUUUUUAUGGCAAACUUUUUUUGCAAAUGGGUUAUCACUACAGUCUUGUCUAGCCUACCCUUGUUCAUAAAAGACUCCACAGAGAAAAAUACAGAAGAAGUGGCGAUCAUUUCUUCGCUUCCUGGCACUCUUGGUAUUUUAGCACCUGCAUUAUGUGGCCCACUAAUGGAUUACUGGAAAAAUAACAGCAGUAUAGGCCUAACUCAGAUGCAUAAAAUAAUAAUAGGUGCCGCAUUUACCUGUCAGAUGAUUUUAUUUGUAGCUCAGACAUUCAUUCAAGACCUGAUAAUAACGAUCAUAAUUUUCGUUAUGAUUCAAUUAUUUUUGCCAUUCAUUUCCCUCGUUCUAGAGCUAAUCUCAAUAAAUAUAGCACCAAAUCAUACUGGUCUAGUCGCGGGUUUUACAGCAUUCUGGUACGCAUUAAGUCCGAUUGUAUCACAAACGUUGGCAAGUUUUAUGACCAGCAACCGCAAAAUAGACGAAUGGAAUAAUUAUUUUUUAGUAACGGCUGGAGUUCUAUUGCUUGGAACAAUUCUAUUCACAUUGUACGGGUCUAGCGAACCUCAAUCGUGGUCAAUGUCACCCAAUUAUGAAGCAAAAAAAUCAAACUUGUCCGAUAAAAACGAAAUAGAAGGAGAAGCUCUGAACCUGUGACUUCAAUUCAAUACUCACACACGAAAAAAAUUUCAAUUAGGACAAGCUGUUUUUCAAUAAGCGGCUAACUGACGAUCCUGAUUGGAAAUUAGCACUAAUCGGAAAAUCAUGUCCCAGUAUUUUUGAUUACCUAGCCAUUGAAAAACCAAACCUUUAUUAAUUAUACGAGUUAUUGACCGAUAACAGCCUACACAAAUAUUCCUUCUUCACGUUGCACAUGUAAAAUUGCAUCCUACUGUUUCUGUCCGAUGAACAUUUAUCAGAUAGAGAAAUAUGUGUUAACCAAACGUAAACUGCUUAUAGGUACUUAGUAUAGGUAAUUAGGUAUAGGUACCUAUGUUGUUUAAUGUUGUUAUUCGUAAAAAUAAACUACUCCAUUCGGUUAUAGUUA